ACUAUUUUGCGUGACUAGUGGUUGCUGAUGAUGCUAUGUAUGGCCUGAGCACUGCACUUACAGCUGGAGAUUAGAUAAGAGGCUGGAGAGGCAAAGGAGGUACCUUAUGUACCUAAUGAGAACGGUGUUAGGAGAGUUCCGCUCCGGUUGCGUCCGUGCGUACCGUUCUUGUUCCGCCGGGUUUGUGGAAGCUUUGCCAUUGACUUCAUAGGUCAUAGGUGAAAGAGGCUGUUACGGGUUACCUAGGCUACCUAAGCUUCAAUUCGAACCUCCAACUUUUUUUGGGGGGAAGUGCCUCAAUUCAUCAAUCACACCACUUACACACGCAACAACCCAAUUCAACAGCAAGCAAGCUUCUUUUCCCCAGAAGAAGAAGAAGAAAACUAAAAGGCCAAAAUGUACCGCCAAACUCUUACCAAGAUCCCCUCUCGAGGCCUCGCCAUCGCUCCCUCCCGCGCGUUCACGACGACCAUCCGCGCCAUGGCAGAGGGCGACACUGGUUCGCCCAGCAAACUGGGCAGCUUCGGCGGCCAAGGUGACGCCUUCCAGAAGCGCGAAAAGGCCAACGAAGAUUACUCCAUCCGCCAGCGCGAGAAGGAAAAGCUCCUCGAGCUGCGCAAGAAGCUCCGCGAGCAGCAGGAUCACCUCCAGAAGCUCUCCGACCAUAUUGACGAGUUGACCAAGGAGCAAGGCGGCGAGCAUAACUAAAUGGGACGACUCAAUGCACCAAAUACUACCUAGCAUGUAAGAGAAGGAAUGCCGGAGUUCCGCUCGUUUACGAUGAUGUCUGGCGUCAGCUCGUGAGCUUUAUUUUUUGUGCUGUGUCACUAGAAGCAGUCUACAAAACCCGAUUUGUUGUCCCUCCAGUCAUCGCAUUUGCCAUGUCU